GUAAAGGCAGAGGGAAAAAAAAAAAAUCCCCUCUCCAGGGACCGGCGUGGUGGUUGGCAGCGAGCGAGGGAGCGCGCACGCAAGGAGGGAGGAGAGGGAGGAGCACAUCCUAAUGCAGAGAUGCUGCAGUGGCUCUGGGCACACACAUCCCCACUCGGGCAGGCACCAGGCGGGCUCAGCACCGCGGCAGGAGCUCCGCGGCCCCGCACUCCCCCGCCUCAUGCUCAACCCCCGACCCUACCCCAGGGCUGCUGUCCCCGCUCAUCCAUAGAGCCGUGGCCGUAACAGCCGGAGUGCAGGAUGGGAGGCACCACUGGAUUCGUCUGCACGUCCCUGGCCGUUGUCAUCUGUGUGGUCUGGUGCCAAGCACCGAGCAGCACAAGGAGUUACGGGCCGGUGUUUGAGGAGCAGCCUGCACACACCCUGUUCCCUGAAGGCUCAGCAGAAGAGAAAGUGACGCUGACAUGCCGAGCCAGAGCCAGUCCCCCUGCAACAUACAGGUGGAAGAUGAAUGGCACGGAGCUGAAAAUGGAGCUGGACUCCCGGUACAGGCUGGUUGCUGGGGACCUGGUGAUAAGCAACCCCAUGAAAGCCAAGGAUGCAGGCACCUACCAGUGCGUGGCAACCAACGCCCGUGGCACGGUGGUCAGCAGGGAAGCGUCCCUCCGCUUUGGCUUUUUGCAGGAAUUCUCUGCAGAAGAGCGAGACCCCGUGAAGAUCACCGAAGGCUGGGGAGUGAUGUUCACCUGCAGCCCCCCUCCCCAUUACCCAGGCUUGUCUUACCGAUGGCUUCUGAAUGAAUUCCCCAACUUCAUCCCAGCUGACGGAAGGCGGUUCGUCUCUCAGACCACAGGAAACCUCUACAUUGCCAAGACAGAGGCUUCCGACCUCGGCAACUACUCGUGCUUUGCCACCAGCCACAUCGACUUCAUCACCAAGAGCGUCUUCAGCAAGUUCUCCCAGCUCAGCCUGGCUGCCGAGGACGCCAGGCAGUAUGCACCCAGCAUAAAAGCCAGGUUCCCUGCAGACACCUACGCUCUGGCUGGGCAGAUGGUGACUCUGGAGUGUUUCGCCUUUGGGAACCCCGUCCCUCGAAUAAAGUGGAGGAAGCUGGAUGGCUCGCAGACCUCCAAGUGGAUCUCCAGCGAGCCCCUUCUGCAGAUCCAAAAUGUUGACUUUGAGGAUGAAGGCACUUACGAAUGCGAGGCUGAAAACAUCAAAGGGAGAGACACCUACCAGGGCCGCAUCAUCAUUCACGCUCAGCCGGAGUGGCUGGAGGUGAUCACGGACACGGAAGCUGACAUCGGGUCCGACCUGCGCUGGAGCUGCGUGGCAGCCGGCAAACCCCGGCCAGCGGUGCGGUGGCUGCGGGACGGGCAGCCGCUGGCCUCCCAGAACCGCAUCGAAGUGAGCGGUGGAGAGCUGAGAUUUUCCAAGCUAGUCCUGGAGGACUCUGGCAUGUAUCAGUGUGUGGCUGAGAACAAGCAUGGCACAGUAUAUGCAAGUGCUGAAUUAACAGUGCAAGCCUUACCACCAGAUUUUAGACUAAACCCAGUGAAACGACUGAUACCUGCAGCCCGCAGUGGGAAGGUCAUCAUCCCAUGCCAACCGAGAGCGGCACCAAAAGCCACUGUGCUCUGGACCAAAGGGACCGAACUGCUCGUCAACAGUAGCAGGGUGACUAUUACCGCCGAUGGCACUUUGAUCCUCCAGAACAUAAGCAAAUCUGAUGAGGGAAAGUAUACCUGCUUUGCUGAGAAUUUCAUGGGCAAAGCCAACAGCACGGGGAUCCUCUCUGUUCGAGAUGCCACCAAAAUCACACUGUCCCCAUCCAGCGCUGACAUCAACGUGGGUGAAAACCUCACUCUGCAGUGCCAUGCGUCCCACGAUCCAACCAUGGACCUAACCUUCAUCUGGUCGCUGGAUGACUUCCCCAUUGACUUGGACAAGUCGGAGGGGCACUACCGGCGAGCCAGCGUGGUGAGUACCAAGGGGAGCCACGUACCAGCAGUAAGGGCAGAAAAGCCACACCAGCCCCUUGGUUUCCAUGCUGGGUUGUGGUCAGCUGUGUUCCCCCCGCUGCCCUUUCUCCCUACACAGAAAGAAGCCGUCGGGGACCUCGCCAUCCUCAAUGCCCAGCUGAAGCACUCGGGGCGGUACACGUGCACUGCCCAAACGGUCGUGGACAGCGCUUCGGAGUCGGCCACGCUGACUGUCAGAGGACCCCCCGGGCCCCCUGGGGGUGUGGUGGUGAGAGACAUCGGGGACACCACUGUCCAGCUGAGCUGGAGCCGUGGCUUCGACAACCACAGCCCCAUCGCCAGGUACAGCAUCGAGGCCCGGACGCUGCUUUCCAACAAAUGGAAGCAGAUGCGCACCAGUAAGUGCCCUUGGGGCUGUGGUGUGGUCCCUGAUGUCCCAGCCUGGGGUCACCAGCUCCCUGCUGAGUUCUUGCUCUGUGCUAGCACGCUGGCCGCCACUUGCUCUAUUUGUUCUCCUCUCGUGUUAUUGGAUUAUAUAGAUCCUGUAAACAUCGAAGGCAACGCCGAGACAGCCCAGGUGGUGAACCUCAUCCCUUGGAUGGAUUACGAGUUUCGGGUCUUAGCGAGUAACAUCCUUGGAGUUGGGGAGCCAAGUUUACCCUCCAGCAAAAUCCGUACCAAAGAAGCAGCACCCACGGUGGCACCAUCCGGGCUCGGCGGCGGCGGAGGGGCUCCCAAUGAGCUCAUCAUCAACUGGACGCCAACACUGCGGGACUACCAGAACGGAGACGGCUUCGGCUACAUCCUGUCCUUUCGCAAGAAGGGCACCCAGGGCUGGCUCACCGCGCGCGUGCCUCAUGCAGAAUCCCUGCACUACGUGUACCGCAACGAGAGCAUCGGGCCCUACACCCCCUUCGAGGUGAAGAUCAAGGCGUACAACAGGAAAGGAGAGGGACCGGAGAGCCUCACUGCCAUCGUGUACUCUGCAGAAGAAGAACCAAAAGUGGCUCCAUUCAGAGUUACGGCCAAAGCUGUUCUGUCCUCAGAAAUGGAUGUGUCCUGGGAGCCGGUGGAGCAGGGAGACAUGACUGGCGUGCUGCUGGGCUACGAGAUCCGAUACUGGAAGGACGGCGAUAAAGAGGAAGCAGCUGACAGAGUGAGGACAGCAGGGCUGGUCACAUCGGCUCAUGUCACAGGCCUAAAUCCCAACACAAAAUACCACGUCUCAGUGCGAGCCUACAACCGUGCUGGAACCGGGCCCCCCAGCCCCUCCACCAACAUCACGACCACAAAGCCACCACCAAGGAGGCCACCUGGCAACAUCUCCUGGACCCUGACCGGGUCGACCGUCACCAUCAAGUGGGACCCAGUGGUGGCACAGCCAGAUGAGUCCGCAGUUACAGGGUACAAGAUGCUUUACAGGCAGGAUUCCCACUCGGCUCCCACGCUGUACCUGGCGAACAAGAGCCGGAUCGACAUCCCGGUCCCUGAGGACUUCACGCACGCCUUCGUACAGAUCCGGGUGACGGGGCCUGGGGGGGAUGGGAUCCCAGCAGAAGUGCACAUCCUCCGUAACAGUGGGACCAGUAUGAUGGUGGAAGACUCUGUGACAAGGCCGGUGCCACAUGCUGCCAUCAUCGCCACCAACUCCCUGGCCAUGGUGGCCCUGAUCCGCUACCUGGAGCUCUGAUGGGGCCGGCGCAGCUGGGAUGUGGGACAUGCCUCCUCCCAGGGCAGCGGGAACUGCUCAGUGUCUGGUGCUGCACCUCCGUGUUUGUACCGCAGCAGCGUUACAGAGAGGGAUUUGAUAACAUUGUCGGAAGGGAGGAAGAAAGAAACAGC